AUGGUCAUUCAUCUCAUGACCCCUCCAUCAGGGUCCCGCUGCGCCAGCUCCAGCUCCAAUUCCAGUUCCAGCACCGGCGCCAGCGUCAGACCGCGGAUGAUGUGCUCUAGUCACGGAAAACAUCGUCGCCUUCGCAAUGGCCAUGGCCACGCCACCACGAGAGCGACAGCGACUGUAGAAACCCAGCGGGUGAGUUGUACUCUAUGCUGCGGUGCAACAAUCCACCACUCCAGACCCACCCUCCUCCGAGGUAAAGAGUCGUGAUGCUAUGCUAUGCGAUGCCAUGCCAUGCGAGAGCGAGAGCGGAUUCUAUAAUACGGCGAAGUGUUUGUAUCAUCAUCUCUGCCAUGCUACCGCGAACCCCUUGAGCGCCCCAAGCCCAGGCCCAACCUGCUUGGGUGAGGGGCAAGUCGAGAGAGAAACCCACAAGCUACGGAGUGUUAAUCCCGUCAUCAUUGGUACCGCACUCCGUUGCUCAUCAGACGUGCAAGUUACACCACCCGAGGCACUGGUUGAAAUGGAAUGGCGUGGCUGGAACGCUACUCGUACAGAAACCCUCCUGGAGGCGUCGGCAAAAGCAAUAAUACGUACGGCAAUUGCAAAUUCUGCGGUACCUACUUAG